AGGCUGGGGGGGUGCAUGCAGAUGCAGGUGUCGUCUUGUCUGAUGAGCGGCCGCUGUUCCCGCCACUUCUCCGGGAUCUCCAACCCCAGCCUCUCAUGGCGCCAACACCCUCCCUCCCUCUCUCUAUUUAAGCAAGCACAUUCUCCUCUUCUUCUUCCCGUGUUCUUGUUCUUCUCUGGUGAUCAUCAUCAUCAUCAAGUCCUAUUAAACAUCUGGAGAAUGGCUGAAGAAAAGAAGACCCCAUGCCUGAAUGAGCGGAUCCUGUCGUCGCUCUCGAAGCGAUCCGUGGCUGCGCAUUCCUGGCAUGAUCUUGAGAUUGGACCUGGAGCUCCUCAGGUUUUCAAUGUUGUUGUUGAGAUCACAAAGGGGAGCAAAGUGAAGUAUGAGCUUGACAAGAAGACUGGAAUGAUCAAGGUUGACAGGGUGCUAUACUCAUCGGUGGUGUACCCGCACAACUACGGUUUCAUACCGCGAACGCUGUGCGAAGAUGGGGAUCCAAUGGAUGUGCUGGUCCUGAUGCAGGAACCAGUGAUUCCUGGCUGCUACCUUAGAGCCAAGGCCAUUGGCCUCAUGCCUAUGAUUGAUCAGGGUGAGAAAGAUGAUAAGAUCAUCGCGGUUUGCGUUGAUGAUCCCGAGUUCCGCCACUUCAAUGAUCUCAAGGAGCUCUCUCCUCACCGACUUGCUGAAAUCCGCCGCUUCUUUGAAGACUACAAGAAGAAUGAAAACAAAGAGGUCGCCGUAAACGAUUUCCUGCCACCGGCAACUGCUCAGGAGGCCAUCAAGUACUCCAUGGAUCUUUAUGCUGAAUAUAUCCUGCACAGCCUGAGGCGCUAAUUAAUUAUCAUCGUCAGAUGGAGCAAUCAGACCCUGAUCUCAUGAAGAAAAUAACAAUAAAAGUCUCUUGGGUGAUGCUCUUUUUGAGCAGCCAUUUUUGCAUUAUAUUUGAAACAAGGGAUAAUAUUAUGUUUCUGCAUUUGUGCAGAAUAUAUGCAAAUCAAUAAUGUUACUGUUAUUGCUUGCACGCAAAUAUGUUGGUCCAACUAGCUUCAGGCCGAAUCAUCGAUGCAUGACCGGUGAUAAAUGGUGUAAUUUUGGACUACAGGUGAUAAAUAUUGUAUGAUGCCCUGUGUAAUAUAUGUGAUUGUAUUUGGUUUCUAAUUGGCGACUGCUAAUUGUAUGACGUCAAUUUUCCAGAAUGGAAUAGUAGUAUACCUGUUGGUUUCUAUGAA